AUGGCUUCUAGAGACGUAGUUUUGGGCUUGAUUGCCGACUAUUUGAAGAGAGACGACGAAUUGGUAAAAGUGUCUGAUGCGCUUGAAAAGGCAAUUCAAAAGAAGAACUUGACUGUUGCCAAGGCUGACAAGAAGUUGGAAGAAUUGUUAAAGGAUGAAGGAAGUGAGAGUAAUAAGAGUGACAGUGAUAGUGACAGCUCUAGCUCUUCUAGCUCUAGUGAAGACAGCUCCAGUGAUGAAGCUGACUCCGAAUCCAGUGAUGACGAAGACAUGGAAGAUGUAAAGGAAGAAGUUGAAGAAAAGAAGGAAAGUUCUACCGAAUCUGAAGAAAAGAAGUCUGAAUCCGGAUCUGACUCCAGUUCUGAUUCUAGCUCUGAUUCUGAUUCUAGUUCUGAUUCUGACUCCAGUUCUGAUUCUGAUUCUGAUUCUGAUUCUAGUUCUAGUUCUGACUCCAGUUCCGACUCCAGUUCCGACUCUGAUUCCAGCUCUAGCUCUGAUUCCGACUCUAGUUCCGACUCUGACUCCAGUUCAGACUCAGACUCCGACUCCAGCUCCGACUCCAGCUCCGAUUCUAGCUCUAGCUCUGAUUCUAGCUCAGACUCUGAUUCCGAUUCUGACUCAGACUCAGACUCAGACUCAGACUCAUCUGAAUCAACUUCAAAACGUCCAAGUGAAUCUGAAGAAUCAGCUUCAAAGAAACAAAAGAAAGAAACUAACAGCUCUUCCCAAACUGAAUCAUUCACUCCAACCCCAGAUCCAAGUCAUAUUCCAGCCGCCAUUGAAGAAGAAUUAAAACCAGGUCAACGUAAGCAUUUCUCUAGAAUUGAUAGAUCUAAGAUCUCCUUUGAAAACCAAGCAUUACUCGAUAACACAUACAAGGGUGCUGCUGGUACUUGGGGUGAAAUGGCCAACGAUAAGCUCCUCCAGGUUAGAGGAAAAGAUUUCACCAAGAACAAGAAUAAGAUGAAGAGAGGCUCUUACAAGGGUGGUUCCAUCACCAUGACCUCUGGAAGUUACAAGUUUCAAGAUUGA